GUUCCCUACCAGCACCUCCCUGUCUGGACUGACUCCUGCCCCCAAAAAGACUCUUUCAUCCUCAUCAGAGCUUCUGUUAGCCAAUUCUGUCACUGUUAAGGUUUAUUAGCAGCAGUAAUGGAAGAAGUGGCAGAGCAAAAAAGUUUUUCUGAAGUUAUUAAUCAGAUAUUACAAGAAGCGCCAGCUGCCAGGAAGAAUCUUGUUGAUAACCACAGCAACCUCUUCCGAGUGGCAGAGUACUGCGAAAACAAUUACCUCCAGGCAGAGGAUCAAACCAAAGCUGUUGAGGAAACUAAAGCUUUGGUUACUCAGGCUUUAGCCAGUGUGACCUACCAGAUCAACAGUGUGGCCCGCACCACACUCAAGCUGCUGGACUCUCAGGCCAUGCAGAUCCGGGAGAUGGAGUCCUCCGUCAAACUGCUGUCACUGGCUGCAGCUAUCCACUUUGAGAAGGUAGGCAGGAGGGAGAUCGGUGCCUUCACUACUCCCAAAAACAAGACUUGCUCCAAUCUCAUCAUCCCACCGACGUCAGGCAAGGAACCAGAGAAAGCUUACUCAAGAGAACCAAUAUCAUAUUCCAUCUUGGACUCCAUUGGACAUUGUUUUCAGGUCCCCGAGCAACAGCCCAGCAAGAAGACAGGGACCAUGCAGAGCAUAAAGAUCACCAGAGAAACCCCAGCUUCCAGUUUUGGCAUCGCUGUCCCUCUCCCUUCAGUCCCCACCUUGCCCACCGUACCCACAGACAGCAGCCUGCUUCCUCCACCUCUUCCUGCCAAUUUGGACCCCAAGCUGCCUUCUCCUCCUCCUUCAGGCAACAGUGGCCUCCCUCCUCCCCCGACUUUUCCAUCACCCAUAGAUUUCCCCCCACCUUCCCCUCCACCAGUCAUCAGUCCUUACAGCAACUUCCUGCCUCCUUUUCCACCACCCUUUGCAGCUAUGGGUUCUGCUGGUCCUCCUCCACCUCCUCUUCAAUCAGGAACUGCACCUCCUCCUCCUCCUCCUCCUCCUCCUCCAGCUGCCCCCACCAUGUCCUCUGGCACUGUGCCACCUCCUCCUCCACCACCACCACCUCCACCAAUUGUCAGUCUUAACAGCAACUACCCGCCUCCUCCUCCACCAUCCUUUGCAGCUGGAGGUGCUGCUGGUCCUCCUCCACCUCCUCUUCGAUCAGGAACUGCACCUCCUCCUCCUCCUCCUCCUCCACCACCCUUUGCAGCUGGGGGUGCUGCUGGUCCUCCUCCACCUCCUCUUCACUCAGGAACUGCACCUCCUCCCCCUCCUCCUCCUCCUCCAGCUGCCCCCACCGGCUCCUCUGGCACUGUGCCACCUCCUCCUCCACCACCACCACCUCCACCAAUUGUCAAUCUUAACAGCAACUACCCACCUCCUCCUCCACCACCCUUUGCAGCUGGGGGUGCUGCUGGUCUUCCUCCACCUCCUAUUCGAUCAGGAACUGCACCUCCUCCUCCUCCUCCCCCCCCCCCCUCCUCCUCCUCCUCCAGCUGCCCCCACCAGGUCCUCUGGCACUAUGCCACCACCACCUCCACCCUUUUUCUAGAUAUGUUAGAUGUAUAAAUCUGUAAAUUGUAAUCAGGCAUUCUGGAUCCUGUUGUGAGAUCAACGUGUAAAACGUGGAGCACGAGGGAGGCGUCACUCCCUGGCCAGUCAUGAUGGUGACAGAAAGAAUUGAGAAUUGCAGUGUCUCCUUUUUUUUUUUUUUUUACUCUGAACAGUUUCAUCUGUAUUUAAUGGCAGACCGUCGACUGUGAGCCUGAAAUGAGAAUUUUCUGGGAGAGAAAACCCUCCUUCAACAUCAAUUGUGUCAGUGAAGAAAGCUGCUGGAGAAAUUCUUCCAACAAGUCUCAACAACACCUUCGCUGCAUUCCUAAAAGAACAAGUUGAAACAGAGAUUCUUAUCUUACUGUCAGCUUCUAUUCUUUUUCCCUGUAAAGUGAUUUUUUGUCUUGAUUAAGUUAUUUAAAUGAACAUGAAUCAGCAUGUGGUAGGAGGAGCUUUAGAGGUUUUUGACACCACUGUCUUCAACCUUCUUUAAGAUCUGUGACUUUAAAAAAAGUCACUGAGGUUGUAAACUGUUGCAAGUCAACACAUUACUUAACACACACUACACACACUGUAAGCUACAUUUUCAGCAUGGAAAAUAUCAGAUUAUACUGUGGCAGCUUAUUUAAACUUGUUAUUUUCUUUUAAGGAAAGCCAGUCCGAUCAAAUGAGACAUGUUGCAUGUUUUCAUGUAAAAUAAAGAGGAAGUGUUCUGCUGU